AAAUAUUCUUUAAUUGAUUUUGAAUUUGGUGUCGUUAAAGAAGGGAUUAUCAGUUCCUCGAAUUUAGCCCGUGUAUCAAGGAAAAAUCUGUUUGGUAAUCAUAAUGUCGAACCAAAAAUUUGUUUGUCCAUAUAAUCCAACGCAUGUAAUGAAAGUCACGCGAGCCCAUCAUCAUGUUGUCAACUGUCGCAGAGCAAAUCUUCAUAAAGAAUUUGUGAUUUGCUCAUACAAUGCCCUUCAUCAUUAUGCUCCUGAAGAUGAAGCAAAACACCUAGAGACGUGCCCUGAUAGGAUUGCAAUGAUUGAUGCCAUACACGUCACAUAUGGGAUGAAAUCUGUAAUUACAGGUAAUUUAACCAUGCCUCCUCCUGCUCAAAGGCAAUUUGAAGAUCAUGAAAAUUGGGACAGUGAUUAGAGUAGCUGUUUAAGACUGUGAUGUCUUUCAUGAUUGAUAAAACUUCUUCUUAUGUCAGUGUGAAUGC